GGUCCCCCGAUCAAAACGGAGGGGGGGGGGAUUUCCUCUUGUAGGGCCUCCGUGAAUUUAAGACAAUCAGCGGAGGCGAACCGUUCGGGAAGCGUACGGCUGCCGCCGCACACGCACUGGACCGCGUACGUGUAAUUGUCCGGCGCCGUCUGCCAGCGUGAAGCCGCGCCGCAGCCGUCCGGCCGUCUGCGGAUUCGCGGCGGUUUUUUUUUUUUUGUUUUUCGUCGGCGCUACUCGUUGCACACCUACAGUAAGCGAGCCGCCUAGAAAUGCGGUAAGGGGACCGAGGCGGGAGGAAAGAAAGACAGAGAAAAGCAGACGGAAGACGGAUACCCAGUCCGACGCGUAUAUUCGCUCCUAAGCGCCGCGUCUUGGACUGCUUUCUCGCCGCGGGUGAAAUCGUCUUCACGUACGUUCAAGGGAGAGGCGGACAGCGCUCCCCACCUUUACCAGCAGCUGAGACGUCGCCGAAAGGCUCGGCCGUUGGAUGGAGUGACCGCCGCAGAGGACCGGCCCCAACGUCGUGUUUCCUGCUUCGCUUCGCCGAGUCUCACCGUCCCCCAGACGACGCCGGCAUCGCCGCCCCGCUCAGAGACGAGGUGCUUUUUCUCCAGUGCCGCCCCCCACCUGCCUUGUCUGCUCCUGCUCCCUGGCUCUGAUGGUACGAGCUUACCUGUGACACUCGAGAGUGGACAUCUGCUACCCCCAGCCCCAUCAGCAUGUCUGGGGUCCAGACAACAUGGCCGGCCGGCACAGAGUGCGUCGCCAAGUACAACUUCCAGGGUGCCACAGACCAGGACCUGCCCUUCAGCAAGGGGGACGUCUUAACCAUCAUUGGAGUCACUAAGGAUCCUAACUGGUACAAAGCCAAGAACCCAGUGGGCAGGGAGGGAACGAUUCCUGCCAACUACGUCCAGAAACGGGAAGGCGUCAAGUCGGGGGGCAAGCUGAGCCUAAUGCCAUGGUUCCAUGGGAAGAUCACCCGUGAUCAGGCUGAGUGUCUGCUCUACCCACCGGAGACUGGGCUUUUCCUGGUGCGUGAGAGCACCAAUUACCCCGGGGACUACACGCUAUGCGUUAGCUGUGAGGGCAAGGUGGAGCACUAUCGAAUCAUCUACCAUAAUGGCAAGCUCUCCAUCGACGAGGAGGAGUACUUCAGCAACCUCAUGCAGCUCGUGGAGGUAAGCAGGCUGGGCAUAAGAUGUGUGUGUGUGUGUGUGUGUGUGUGUGUGUGUGUGUGUGUGAGAGAGAUCAGGACGGCACUGAGCACCUCUCACUCCUCAGAUGUGAUGGUGGGCGACUACCGAGGGACCAAGGUGGCAGUGAAGUGCAUCAAAAGCGACGCAACGGCACAGGCCUUCAUCGCCGAGGCCUCUGUCAUGACGCAGCUACGUCACAACAACCUGGUGCAGCUGCUGGGUGUGAUCAUCGAGGAAAUUGGCCUUUUCAUCGUGACGGAGUACAUGGCCAAGGGCAGCUUGGUGGAUUAUCUGCGCUCGCGAGGGCGCACCGUGCUGGGAGGGGAAUGCCUACUCAAGUUCUCCCUGGACGUGUGCGAGGCCAUGGAAUACCUAGAGGCCAACAACUUUGUGCACAGAGACUUGGCCGCCCGGAACGUGCUGGUGUCUGAGGACAACAUCGCCAAGGUCAGCGACUUCGGCCUGACAAAGGAGGCGUCUUCCACGCAGGACACGGCCAAGCUGCCCGUGAAGUGGACAUCACCAGAAGCCCUCAGGGAGAAGCAAUUCUCCACCAAAUCGGACGUGUGGAGCUAUGGCAUCCUGCUGUGGGAAAUCUAUUCCUUUGGGCGUGUGCCUUACCCCAGAAUUCCUUUGAAGGAGGUGGUGCCUCGGGUAGAGAAGGGCUACAAGAUGGACGCCCCGGACGGCUGUCCGCUGGUGGUCUACGACAUCAUGAAGCAGUGCUGGACCCUGAGCCCAGUGGAACGGCCCAGCUUUCAGCUGCUGAGGGAGAAGCUGCAGCACAUCAUGUCCAAGGAGCUCUACCUGUGAGGAGGACAGGCCACGGGUUCUGGGAGGGUGGGGCCACUGGAGGAGGAUGGUGAGGAGACCUGCCUCCCUGGGGGGUCCGCUCCUCGGAUCCAUACCAGCACUCUGAGACUGUAGACUCCCCCAAACCUCACGCUUACCCCUAUUAAGUUCUAGACCCACCCACGCCCCCCCCCCCAUUAUUGUUGUGUAGCACAUCUCGGGCCAUCUUCCCCGCUCCGUUCCUCCCCCCUCCGUUUCCCUCUUUCUUCCUCACCUUUCUUCUCUUUCUCUCUCUCACCCUAUGGCAAGGAUGAGGGUAAGGCUGGCCUUUUCUUUUACACCUUGUCGUUCCCGGAAACCCCACCCUCCCCAUUCCUUGUGUGGGGCCAGUCCUGGCAGUGCGCUUGCCCCCGGACACACACAAGGCGUGCGUUUGCGUGUGAGGGAGGUGAGGCCUUCGCUGUGCCAAAGUGCCUCCAAACCAGUCUCCGCCCUCCCCUUGGCCGUGCCCCCUCCCACCACAGACUGUUUUUAUUCCUUUUUUAAAAGUCGUUUUUUUGUUUUUGUUUAUCUGCUUUUUACCCUCCCCCGGCUUGUGAGACAGGCUUCUCUAUAAUCACAUUUAUCAAAAUGGAAACCAGUCCUGAAAUGGAGCGCCCAUUCCCCCGCCCCCUUCCUUCGGGAAUUCUGCACCGUGUGGGGGAGGACCAAUCCACACAAUACACACACACAAUACGUGGGUUUGUUUCGUAACGCAAAUAUAUUUAAUGGACGACAAAAAUAAAAUUGGGGAAAAAAAAAACACCCAAAGGAUUGCUGGAGCAACAAAAGUAAAAUGUUCCAAGUGUACCUGUGAACACAUAGAGAGCUGUGCAUGCGGUGAGGCCUUGAAGUACUGUGCGUGCUAUCAAUGUUCAUUGUUUAUUAUGCUGCCAUGAUAAUGAAUAAAUCAUUCCGUAUGACCAGUCUAAAGAAAAUGACAAACGGGGAAAAAAAGUACACAAACAUUGAAA